AUGAAAAAGCAGCAGCGUGACGAGCUGGCAGAAAGAGUCGGAGUUGAAGUAGACGAAGAAGCGGUGAAGAAGCGCAAAGCGAAGAAGAACAAGUCGAAGAAGCUGAAGAAAAAGCAGCAAUGA